GUAUAUUGAUAGACACGAUUGCACUGUGACGAGCUUGAAUGUUUGUGUGCUAUAUCUUGUUUUCUUUGUGAUUAUGUCGUGCUCGUCAUGCUGAUGAAGAUUUAGCUAUCGAAACGCGUCCAUGCGGCAUGAACUAUUUGUUCUUUUUUGUAAUUAUUUGUAUUUUGAUUUAUCGAUUGCCAAUAUUUUUGGAUAGCCAGGGUGACUGAUAGGAUGCAGGAACUGGUAGUUGAAUAUUAGAAGGGAAUGGUAGUUAAGUAGGGAGUGCUGUAUGCAGAGGUGUGCCCGUCUGCUGGCCUCUGUCUGCCGCCCGCCGCUCUCCGUCUCUGGGAGUCUCACGCGGCCCUCGAUCCGUGCCCUGAGCCUCUCCACCACUGCCAUGGCCAAGUCCAAGUACGAGUACGUGCGUCACUUUGAGCUUGACGACCUCUGUCUCCCGAACAGCUGGAUCGUGGUCCGCAUCGACGGCAAGGGCUUCCACAGGUUCACGAACGAGCACGGCUUCGAGAAGCCGAACGACGCGCCGGCGCUGGAGCUGAUGACGCGCGCGGCCCGAGACGUGGUCGACCUGUUCCGGCCGGACCUGGUACUGGCUUACGGUCAGAGUGACGAGUACAGCUUCGUAUUCCGGCGACAGACGACCGUCUACCGGCGGCGCGCCUCCAAACUCAUGUCGCAGGUGGUCAGCCAGUUCUCGUCCAGCUACGUGUUCCACUGGCCGUCUGUGAUGGGUGCGCGCGCGCUGCGCCAGCCGCCCACCUUUGACGGGCGGGUGGUGCUCUACCCGACCGACCGUAACCUGCGCGACUACCUCAGCUGGCGUCAGGCCGAUUGUCACAUCAACAAUCUCUACAACACCGCCUUCUGGGCGCUGGUCAACCGCGGCGGAGUCACCAACGCUCAGGCGGAAGAGAGGCUACGACACACACUCGCUGCCGAUAAGAACGAAAUUCUGUUCUCGGAGUUCGGCAUCAACUACAACGAUGAGCCGGCGUUGUACAGAAAAGGGACGGUGAUAGUCCGCUCGCUAGAGACGCCUGGUGAGCAGGACUCGAAACUCUCGUCUGAUACUGGCGCACCAGAUGGAAGCACGGCGCCGGCUUCGGAAGGUGUGAGGACUGACCCGAAGCCGGUCGGUGUGGUGAAAGUGCUAAACUGUGAUAUUAUCGGUGACGAGUUCUGGAACGAACACAGCAGUGUGCUGAGUGGAAAUAAUAAAAAGGCGAAGUGAUCGAUGUAAAA